CAACAACACCCCGCAGCUUUUGAUUAACACUCACGCCCUAUAUUUACCAUGGACGAAGAUGACGAUGAUCUCUAUGACCCCGCCGACUCGUUCCCACCUCAGCAUGAAGUGAACGGGCAUGCUCAGACGGCAGGAAAUGCGAACGCGGCGGAUGAACCCUACGAGCUUGAAGAGGAAGAGGAAGAAGACGAUGAUGAUGAUUUCAAUAUCAUUACAGAAGCCCCGGCAGACUCAGCUUCAAAUCUUGCACAUCUGCGAAAUGUCGCUGCAGUCAACGAGCCUCACCGAUCUGCUUCAGCCGAUAUAAAACCAUCCACGCCGUCUGUUCCCAUAAAAACCGAAAGUGUUACACCGGCGCCUGGUCAAGGCAGACCAGUAGCGACACUGAAGCCUGGCACCGAAUAUCCUGCUAUACGCACAUCGACGAUCGAUGUUGAUGCCGACCCAAUCCACCCAGCUACUGGAAAGCCAGUGACUGCAACGGAUUUGGAUGCAGAUUUCCCAACAGAGGACGACAAGCCGUGGCGAAGACCUGGGUCUGACAUUACAGAUUUUUUCAACUACGGCUUCGACGAGUUUACGUGGGCUAGCUAUUGUCUCAAACAACAAGAAUUGCGCAGAGAGGUUACGGACCAGAAGAAGCAAUUGGAUGACAUGCAAAACUUCAUGACUAUGGGUGGAAUGCCUGGGAUGCCUGGAGCUCCUCCGCCUGCCCCCACGCCGUCAGCUCAAGGUGGAGGCGGUGGAGGAAUGGCCGGAAUGCCUGGGAUGCCAGGGAUGCCAGAUAUGUCUCCUGAUAUGAUGCAGGGUAUGCUUGCCGGUAUGAUGGCUCAGGGUCUCGAUCCGUCGUCCAUGGACCCGAUGGCCUUUAUGCAGCAUGCGCAAGCCAUGAUGGGACAGCCCGGCGGAGGACAGCAGAAUCAAGGGUACGGGGGACAGGGUCAGCAGCAAAUGGGCUACGGUGGUUACAAUCAGCAGGGAGGAUACGGCGGAGGCGGCGGCAGAGGACGAGGGAACCGUAGAUGGUGAUAUGGACGUGCAAUACAUGUAUUUUUCCAGGCUGGACGGGUUUGGCGUUGGUUUUCAUAUAUCGUUAUCCCAUUUAGCUGUUAUCUUUCAAAAAGACGAAGAUAUGCCAGAUAAUGAAGCAAUUCUCUGGAAGACAGGUAGUUAGUAAGUGAUAGGGAACGAGCCCCUUUGGCGGCCACCCUCGGCUUUGCCUUCCGCAGCGGCCGGGUUCUCCCCAAGUCUUGGCAUUCUGGAAAUUUCUCGCUCGCGACAGUCGGAGCACCUCUCGAU